AUGGCUCAAGGUGCCGUCAAGAAAUCCAAGGCCGCUGCUCCGAAGAAACCAACCCAGCGAGUCCAACGCGGCGCCCGUGUCAUCAAGCCCAAAAAUGCCGCGAUAAUAAAGCAAAACAAGAUUGUGCACAAGAGCAGCUCUGGGCUGAUAGGACAGACCGAGAAGCUCCUCGCGCAAAAGGCCGGACAUCUGGAAAUGCUCAAGGGGGGAAAGAAGGACAAGAAGGAAGGCGGUGACAAGAAGAAGUCUGGUUGA